UGGUCGGCGAAUGAAUGGCAUCCUUCUGCAUAACACGUAAACGGCGAGGGGGAGUCACUGAAGGGGGAGCGCGAGCAUCUUGUAUUUGUGCUCGCCUCGGAUGAAGAAUUACAAAAACACUUGAUUUUGUUGAUUAUUUAUUUAUAACGUUGGCUAUAUCACAGGUCGCUGUAGAGUUCGUCCUUUUUGCAAACCGGUCCGUUUUCGGGCCGGAUUACGGGACACUAUUUACACCCCUUUUUGUCAGUGACAGCAGGGACUCAAUAUUCAAAUAGCAUGAAAUAAUUUCGUUUCACGAAGUGGCGUCUGGAAAGAAAGCAUGAAGUUACAAAUCUUCGGGCUUUGGCUCGUAAUGGCAAUAGCCUAUGCAACGAUAGAAGCUCCCGAAGAUUUCGUCUCAUUGGCUGAGAUGGAAGACACUUUACUGAGGAAUCUUUUUCGGGGGUAUCAGAAGUGGGUGAGGCCCAUCAUCCAUGCCAACGACACAAUUACCGUUCGCUUCGGUCUGAAGAUAUCACAGCUGGUAGAUGUGGAUGAGAAGAAUCAGCUGAUGACCACUAAUGUCUGGUUGUGGCAGGAGUGGACAGACUAUAAGCUUCGAUGGAACCCAGAAGAUUAUGGCGGCAUUACAUCUAUCAGAGUUCCCUCAGAAACUAUCUGGCUACCAGACAUUGUCCUUUAUGAGAAUGCUGACGGCCGUUUCGAAGGCUCUCUAAUGACCAAAGCCAUUGUAAGAUUUAAUGGUACCAUCAUGUGGACUCCUCCCGCCAGCUAUAAAUCUUCCUGUACCAUGGAUGUCACCUUUUUUCCCUUCGACAGACAGAACUGUUCCAUGAAGUUUGGCUCCUGGACGUAUGAUGGCACUAUGGUGGACCUGACGCUGGUUGACCAUUACGUAGACCGUAAAGACUUCUUUGACAACGGCGAGUGGGAAAUACUCAACGCCACCGGACAGAGGGGCAGCAGGCGCGACGACAUUUAUUCCUACCCCUAUGUCACAUAUUCGUUCAUACUGAAACGUCUCCCUCUCUUCUACACACUCUUUCUUAUCAUCCCAUGUCUCGGGCUGUCGUUCCUCACCGUGCUGGUCUUCUACCUCCCUUCGGACGAAGGAGAAAAGCUUUCCCUCUCCACCUCUGUGCUUGUGUCCCUCACCGUGUUUCUCCUUGUUAUUGAAGAUAUCAUUCCAUCGUCUUCUAAAGUCAUCCCGCUGAUAGGAGAGUAUCUUCUUUUUAUUAUGAUCUUCGUCACAUUCUCCAUCAUAGUAACAGUGUUUGUCAUCAACGUCCAUCACCGAUCCUCUGCCACGUACCACCCCAUGGCACCAUGGGUUAAGAGCCUUUUCCUUCAGAGGUUACCCAGGCUGCUUUGCAUGAGAGGGCACACGGACCGUUAUCGGGACCCGGACAUCGAGCUGCGGAACCCUGAGCUGAAACAAGGGACGAAAAAGGGGCAGCAAAAGACUGCUGGAGGAGGAAGAGGAGGAAUAAAAGAAGAUGAGAACCAGGCUUGGAUUGCCCUGUUGGAGAAAGCCACUCAGUCGGUGCAUUACAUUUCCAGACACAUCAAGAAGGAACACUUUAUCAGAGAGGUCGUUCAGGACUGGAAGUUUGUGGCUCAGGUGUUGGAUCUCUUCUUAUGGGUCUUUCUCACAGUGUCUGUUCUUGGGACCAUCCUCAUCUUCACUCCAGCUCUGCAGAUGUACCUCAGCUCAUCUUAAAAAGAUUUCAACCCACUACAACAUUCUUACCAACUCUCAAAUAUAUAACCUUCCAACAUAAUUACAGUAAUCCUUCAAAAAGCCCUCUUUUGACCUAGCCACAUUCAUAAUCCUCUCCGAACUCAGCUUCUAUAUCUGCCUCCUAAAUCCUGCUCAAUGCUCGAUAGUUGAUGGAAAAAAAUCUAAACUCAGCUAAACUGCGGUUCAGGAAUUUUACGCCCAGUUCACACAUACAUGAGGCAGCUUAUGGUUUUAAAGUUUUUCAAUAAUUGUAUUUAGUGGAAGUAAAAUUAUUAGAGUUGUAACCACACUGCUCAGGCCUCUCGGUGUUAAUUCAGGCCCACUUAACUUUGCAUCAUGACUCUAAGGGAAGUUUUUUUUAACGUUACUAUAAGUAAAUCAAGAUGUCAUUGUAUUGUAGUUCUAUGUUUAUCGAUUAUUUGGGUGUGCAAAACCCACUAUUAGUGAAUUGUGGGUCUACUUUGUAAAAUAUUUUUUUUAGGCAUGUGUCCUCAACUAUGCAUUAUAACAACUGUAACAUAUUCUCUAUGGUUCAUAAACAUUUAAUAGGAAAUUAUUUUGUAGAGGAUAUUUAUUUGUAGGACUAAGACUACAUCUGUGUUGCACCCAUUUUGCUCAAUAAAAUAAGGUUUUAAGACGGAACUUUCUGUUUGAAUACUUUUAUACUGUAAAUUGUAAAAAAUCCUGUAAACAAAACGGAAAUUUUACGGCAACUGGGCCGCCAGUAAAACAAAUUUAAAGAACAGUUUUUCACAUAAAAUAUCAUGUUUUUCUCGAAAAUCUACCAUGUUUUGUAUAAAUUAAUGUUUUUUUACUGUAUUCAAAAAAAAAAAAUUCGGCAGUUGUGGCACCAGUAAAAACCUGAAAAAACAGUUCAUUCAUAUAUAAUUACUUUUUCAUGUAAAUUUGCAUUCAA